GCGACGCCGACGCCGACCACGACCACGACCACGACCACGACGCCGCCGACGCCGAGCGGGCAGGGCGGCCGGGAUGGCGCGGCCGCGGCCCCGCGAGUACAAGGCGGGCGACCUGGUGUUCGCCAAGAUGAAGGGCUACCCGCACUGGCCGGCCCGGAUCGAUGAACUCCCAGAAGGCGCCGUGAAACCUCCAGCCAACAAGUACCCCAUCUUCUUCUUUGGCACCCACGAAACCGCAUUUCUAGGUCCCAAAGACCUUUUCCCAUAUAAGGAAUACAAAGACAAAUUUGGAAAGUCCAACAAGCGGAAAGGAUUUAACGAAGGAUUGUGGGAAAUAGAAAAUAACCCGGGAGUGAAGUUUACCGGAUAUCAGGCAAUUCAGCAACAAAGCUCUUCAGAGACCGAGGGCGAAGGUGGAAAUGCUGCCGAUGCAAGCAGCGAAGAGGAAGGUGACAGGGUGGAGGAGGAUGGCAAAGGCAAGAGAAAGAAUGAGAAGGCAGGCUCAAAGCGGAAAAAGUCCUAUGCUUCCAAGAAAUCCUCUAAACAGUCCCGGAAAUCUCCGGGAGAUGAAGAUGACAAGGACUGCAAAGAAGAGGGGAACAAAAGCAGCUCCGAGGGUGGCGAUGCCGGCAACGACACACGGAACACCACUUCUGACGCGCAGAAGAGCAGCGAAGGGACCUAACUAUCGGAAUAGCUGCUGGAUCCUCAGAGAAACCGCAGGAAGGUCACUCACUGGUUGGUUGUCUGAUACUCUCGGAUCUGAACCAACAUCGUUCUUAUUGUCAUGAACUGAAGCCCCGUUUGUAUACACAUUCUUCACAUUCCUUUCUAUUGUGUUUGCGAGAAAAAGACAUUUUAGCCUUUUUGAAGGUUCUCGACUUACUUUCAUGUUGUUUGGUUGCAUGAAGUUGCCCUUAACCACUAAGGACUGUCAAGAUUUUCGCACAAACUUCCUCGUCUAGGAUCCUUUCGAUUGAAACAGUUAAUUCUGUUUCUUCAUUCUCCUGCCUGUCCUCCGGGGCCGCCCAACACUCGGUUUAGUAGAAAUCGGCAUUUGUUUACUGACUACUCAGCGUCACGCCGAAGAGAUGUCCCCUCAGCGCCCAGGAACCAGUCCGUAGACCCCUAGUGUCGGCACAUGGAAGGCGGAAUGAAAAUGGCUCUUCAGUUUCGAGGCCACCGGAAGUUGAAUCAUGUUGUAAGAUACCUAUUCCAUAUUAGAAACAGCUAGGUGACAGCUUAUCCUUCCCCGGGUCCACAGUGUUCCGUCUGCCAGCCCAGUUUCUGUAUGUGAGGUCAGUGAGUCUCUGUGUUAUGUACAAAUUCAGGCAAUGAUGGAUUUUAAUGUUCUUCCCCAACACCAACACAAUCGGAGCUCCUAUUCAAGGUGGCUGCAUUCCGCAUUCAAGAUGGUGGCAGUAGCCCUCUGGGAAACCAGAGAAAACAUCGUCUUUAAAUUGAGACUUUUGAAACAGACCCUGUUUUCCUUUGGAACUAGAAGUAGCGUAGUUGAUAUUCAUCCAUAAGCCAUUAUUAUGUGUACAUUAUUGUUGCUCUUGUGAGAAUAGAGGAUUUUAUUUAUUUUUAUGCCAGCUUCAAUUGUGAGAACACCCUUAGUCAGUUUGGGUUUUAUCGAUCCUGUUAUGCUUGUCCUUAGAGCCUCUCUUGCGUACUCGAGGUUUGUAGUUGGAAAGUUUACUGUAAAAAAAAAAAAAACAAAAACAAAAACAAAAACAAAAAAAAUGUAUUGUUUUUACAAAAUAAAUUUAUUGGAAUGUGUACUUGGGAGUAAGAUUUGAGGUCGUAAAGUCAGUGUAACUUGGCUUCAUGUAUGUAACGUGAGGUAUUCAUGUCUUUCGUAUAUUAAAACAAAAGUGCUUAACAGCAAUUUGACAGAAGAA